AUGCAUAGAGUGGUUCGACUCAGGAAUGUGGGUUUGACAGUUCUAGCUUCUCGAGGGUCAAAGGAACCAAAUAAUGCAUUGGCUCCUAAAUGGGUAUUCAACCUUCUCAUCACCUCCAAGGCAAACGUUUACAGCUAUGGAAUCAAGGUUUUAGAGAUGGUGACCGGGAAGAGCCCAACUGCUAUCCCCAAUACUGAUGCCCAAAGAGAGACAGAGCAACGCGGGUUGAUUAAAUGGGUGAGUGAUCGAAUGAAUGAGAGUAUUGCUAGGGGUCGUGGAUUGAAAACACCUUGGACCCUACGGUGCAAGGCGAAUGCGGCCUGCGCUGGAUGGAAAUUAUGA